AUGCCUAUCUCCAAGAUCCACGCUCGCUCCGUCUACGACUCUCGCGGUAACCCUACCGUUGAGGUUGAUGUCGUCACCGAGACUGGCCUCCACCGUGCCAUCGUGCCAUCUGGCGCUUCCACCGGCCAGCACGAAGCCUGUGAGCUCCGUGACGGUGACAAGACCAAGUGGCUCGGAAAGGGUGUCACCAAGGCUGUGCAGAAUGUCAACGACAUCAUUGCCCCCGCCAUCAUCAAGGAGAACAUUGACGUCAAGGACCAGGCCAAGGUCGAUGAGUUCCUCAACAAGCUUGAUGGUACCGCUAACAAGACGAGCCUGGGUGCCAACGCCAUCCUCGGUGUCAGCUUGGCCGUUGCCAAGGCUGGUGCUGCCGAGAAGGGUGUCCCUCUCUAUGCCCACAUUUCCGACCUUGCUGGAACCAAGAAGCCCUAUGUUCUCCCUGUUCCCUUCCAGAACGUCCUGAACGGUGGCUCCCACGCUGGUGGCCGCUUGGCCUUCCAGGAGUUCAUGAUUGUGCCCGACUCCGCUCCUACUUUCUCGGAAGGUCUCCGCCAGGGCGCCGAGGUUUACCAUAAGCUCAAGGCUCUUGCCAAGAAGAAGUACGGCCAGUCUGCUGGUAACGUUGGUGAUGAGGGUGGUGUUGCUCCCGAUAUUCAGACCGCCGAGGAGGCUCUUGACCUGAUCACCGAGGCCAUCGAGCAGGCCGGCUACACCGGCCAGAUCAACAUUGCUAUGGAUGUUGCUUCCAGCGAGUUCUACAAGGCCGAUGUCAAGAAGUACGACCUUGACUUCAAGAACCCCGAGAGCGACCCCACCAAGUGGCUCACCUACGAGGAGCUUGCUGAUCUCUACAAGAAGCUUGCUACCAAGUAUCCCAUUGUCAGCAUUGAAGACCCCUUCGCUGAGGAUGACUGGGAGGCUUGGAGCUACUUCUACAAGACCUCCGACUUCCAGAUUGUUGGUGACGACUUGACUGUGACCAACCCUCUCCGCAUCAAGAAGGCCAUCGAGCUCAAGUCUUGCAACGCCCUUCUGCUCAAGGUCAACCAGAUUGGAACCCUCACCGAGUCUAUCCAGGCUGCCAAGGAUUCCUAUGCUGAUAACUGGGGUGUCAUGGUCUCCCACCGUUCCGGUGAGACCGAGGAUGUCACCAUCGCCGACAUUGUUGUCGGUCUCCGCGCUGGCCAGAUCAAGACCGGUGCCCCGGCUCGUUCGGAGCGUCUGGCCAAGCUCAACCAGAUCCUCCGUAUUGAGGAGGAGCUCGGCGAGAACGCUAUCUACGCUGGCAAGAACUUCCGCACUGCUGUCAACCUGUAG